GCAAACCAGAGAAGUUAGUUCAUAGUUCUAAUAUAUCAAGCGUUGUUUCUUGUCAAGUCGAAAAGUACGAAAAGAAAGUUGAGAACAUUUGUGUUACAAAAGGAUGGCCAAUAUUUAUUUCAAAAUUACGUUUAAAUUGUUCGAUGGUAUCGUUGUCAAGCCAACAAAAUUUUAUUGUAAAUGUGCAGGAUUUGUAUUCAGCUUGUUGAAACCAAAUUGGUUUACAUGGAAUAAGUAUUCGGAGCCAAUGUUAAGAACUUUAGAGAAAAAAAUAUUUUCAAUUUUGAAAGUGCCUUAUAGAGGUUGGUUUGUGGAUAUAGGCCCAGUAGUAGGACCUGCAGAUAAAGUAUGGACCAUUUCACUGAAUACAGAAUCAAAAAAAACACCCCUUGUGUUAUUGCAUGGAUUAGGAGCUGGUGUCGGUUUAUGGUGCCUUAAUUUAGAUGCCUUUGCUGCUACAAGACCGGUAUAUGCCUUUGAUCUAUUAGGUUUUGGGAGAAGCAGUAGGCCUACUUUUAGUACAGACAGUUUAGAAGCUGAGCAGCAACUAGUUGACUCUCUAGAAGAAUGGAGAAAGGAAAUGAAAUUAGACCAAUUUAUUUUUUUGGGUCAUAGUUUGGGUGGUUUCUUGGCAACAUCAUAUGCGAUUAGAUAUCCAGACAAAGUCAAACAUCUAAUUCUUGCAGAUCCUUGGGGUUUUCCUGAAAGACCCCAGGAUUUACGAGAUUUGCCUUUAUGGGUUCGGGCAUUAUCAACUGUAUUAACACCAUUCAAUCCCUUAUCUGGCAUCAGAGCAGCUGGUCCCAUAGGACCAUGGUUCAUCAAUGUUAUUCGUCCCGAUAUAACCAAGAAAUAUGCAGGAGCCAUUGAUGAAUCCCUUAUACCAAACUAUAUUUAUCAGUGCAAUUCUCAGGCACCUAGUGGAGAAAGUGCGUAUCAUUGUAUGAUGUCUGGAUUUGGGUGGGCCAAAAAUCCAAUGGUAAAUAGAAUUGAUCAACUGAGAGAAGAUGUUCCUAUCACAUUGUUAUAUGGCUCAAGGUCAUGGGUAGAUCAUUCUGCUACCAGUGUUUUUAAACAAAAAAGAUUUCAUUCUCACUUUAAACUGAAGGUGGUUCCUGGUGCUGGCCAUCAUGUAUAUGCAGAUAAACCAGAAUUAUUCAAUAAUAUUGUUCUGGAAUGUUGUGCAUAUGCUGAUGGAGAUAGUACACAAUUAGCAAUAGAAGACAAACCCGAGGAUGAGGUAGUUUCUCCUACUAAAUAUGUGUUUACAUCAUUCCACAGUGAUACAGACAAACAUCAUGGAUAAUUUGUUCAAAAUAGUGGCAAUUGCUUGAUGAUUCAAAAAAUUAUUUAUUUAUGUGGCAGAAUUAUAGCUAUAAUUAUAAAAUGUUAUUGGACAUACAAAUAUGUGAAUGUACCAACUUUAAUGAUCAAAAUUCAUUUCAAUUUUGCUUGUUUUGUAUUAACUUCACUGAAAUCUGUACAAACUGAAAUACAUUCAUCUUCUGUAAAUAAAAUAUGAUUCUACCAAAUAUUCAUUUCAUAUUGAAGCAUGUAUUAUUGGGAACAAGUUAUUAUUUUAGGGUUGUUCCAAUAAUUUUAAAAACUAACCUCAUUGAAAUAUUUGUUCAACUCAGUUAUUUUUAAUGUUUUGAGUACAAAGAUGUUCUAAUUUAGAUUAAUUGCAAUUAUUCUUACCUCUUAACAAAUGGUUUUUGUUGCAAGAUACUAAUAUAAAAAAUGUUGAAGUGAUUAAUGUAUUGACGUUAUUUGCUUGCUUAAGCAACAUGUAUUUUAUUACUGUGACAUGUCAGUAUCAUUCUGUGAUAUUUGUUGUUAAGUUGAUUUUUUUUCCGACUUCUCUAAAAGAUAUUAAUCAUUAAAUUAAUUCCAUUAUAUUUUGUAGAUGUUUAUUGAUAGGAUUAAUUCAUCCGCAAAUAAAUAAAUAGUAAAAAUAAAAAAA